AGAGUCUCGCGACUCGAGAAGGAGUGAGAUAUCCACGUUUGCAGAAAACGUGAGCUAGCGGAGUCUUCGCCAGCUCUAGCAAAUGUAUGUCUCUAAAAGUCUCAGGCGCGGGUGAAAGGAGUCGCAGUGUAGCAGUGUUUCACCUUCUACCCACACCAUACCGACGUGAGAUACCUAGUCGACCAGCAAGUGUUCAUGCGCUCAACCGAAAACAUAAACAAGCCGCAUAUGCCGGCUACAGAGCGCCUAAGAAUAUAAGUCGUGGGAGCCAUGCAACCAUAAGGUUUACGCAAAAGAAAGCACGUCGACUUAGCUAGAUGAAAUGCCAAAUCUAGACACGCGAGAGCGCCAUGUCGGUAGCCCCUGUAUAUUCGUACAUGUGCUGCUUCGGAGGCGCGGUUAUGCUCCCUCCGACUAUCAAAGCUAUAUACUGCUCUUGGCAACAAGGUGUUGCCAAGAGCGGCUACUUUCGCAAGGUCGCCUUACGGCGCUGCAGUACCGACUCGAAUCAGACCGAGAGUUUCAAAGUGUGGUCACGGUGGCGCUGUAGAUAUGCCGGUCACAGCGCAAGCCAUGUAGCUCAAUGCAUGAGCCGCACGAGAAACGUCGAUGCAAGUCUGUACGAAGACUAGGACCUGCUCCCUUAAUGCCACUUGGGUCCUGUAACUAUCAGGAUGAAGCCAGAAAUUGAGAUGCAAGGCUGGAGUUCUGACUCUACCCACUCCCCCUACCUGUGGUCUUGCGUACUCGUCCCAAUUCGAAGAUGCUAUCUCAAGAUGUAUAGAGCGCACGAGUAUGCACAGGCAGAAGUGUGCUCGGAUCUCAAAGGGGUCACCGUGUACCUUGUAACAUGGUGGAGCACCUUGUACUUGGGAAUAUG